GUCCUGCCAUUUUGCAUCUAGGAUUAUUGUACCUGUUGGACCCAGCUAUGCUUUUUUGGCACAGUCAACCAGAACAUUACUGGCCCACACCGGCUGAGCACUACCAGAACCCUCCAAGCAGUAUCUACAGGGAAACCAUACAACUCCCAUUCCUGAAGCAAGAAGAUCAAACACCCAUUGUCCCACUGUGUCCAGCCUUCCAGUGCGUCCUGUGUGCACCCAGUUCUCCAGGCAUCAAGCUGCACGAAGAGACCCUUACCUACCUCAACCAGGGUCAGUCUUAUGAGAUCCGCUUGCUGAGUAAUUGGAAGGGUCUCGGAGAACUCGCAGAGGGUCGCCGACUGCUGAGGAGUGUGGUCAGAGUGGUCUUCCAUGACCGGCGCUUGCAGUACAGCGAGAGACAACAGUUGGAGAGCUGGCAGUUGAAUCACCCCGGGGAUCGAAUCUUAGAUAUAGAUAUUCCACUCUCAGUAGGGGUAACAGACCCACUGGUGAACCCCAAUACUUUGAACACCAUUGAGUUCCUUUGGGACCCAAGCAAAAGAACAUCUGUUUUUAUCCAGGUUAACUGCAUCAGCACUGAGUUCACACAGAGGAAAAAUGGAGGUGAGAAGGGGGCCCCUUUCCGGAUUCAGGUGGAUACAUAUAAGGGGGAUGCUCAUGGAGGAUUUACAGAACAUCUGUACUCAUGUAGCUGCCAAGUUAAGGUUUUUAAGCCCAAAGGCGCAGAUCGUAAACAGAAAACAGACCGUGAGAAGGUAGAAAAGCGUUCAGCUCUAGAACGUGAGAAGUACCAGCCGGCAUGUGAGAGUACUAUCCUAACUGAGUGUAUUCCUUGGCCAGAUAUUGAAGCCCCCCGAAGCCCCCCAAGCACCCCAAGUAGCUUCAGGAUGCCAACCCCAGAGAGGGCCUGUGCCUCUCCGGUGUGUGCAUCAGAUAGUUCCACAGAAAGCUCAGCCGAGAGUCUUAGUCCUUCAUCCUCCAUCUCAGAGACCCAGCAAUGGCUGGUGAGAAAUCGCUUCUCCAACUACUGCCGCACAUUUUCUAAUUUUACAGGGGCAGACCUUUUAAAGUUGUCUCGGAAAGACCUCACUCAGAUCUGCGGUGUGGCCGAUGGGAUUCGCCUGGCUCAUUCUCUCAGUGCAAGGUCUGUACGCCCACGUCUCACACUGUACAUCGCCACAGAUACAUCAGAGAAGAAAACCACUGAUGACACCAGUCAGACAGUCUAUCAGGAGUUGUAUCUGGAGGAAAUGACGGCUGCAGAACUGACCACUAAAGUGGCCGAUCUCUUCUCUGUCCCAGCCAAUCACAUCCAGCAGAUCUCAAGGACCGGACCACAUGGGAUACACAUUCUCUUGAGUGACAUGAUGGUCAGACAUAUGCCAGAUGAAUCCUGCUUCAUGGCUACCCUACAAAAAAUGCACAACUCCGACUGCUUUCACUGCAUCCUGCGAUGAGCUCCUCUCUCUGCUGGGCACUGAGUCCCGCGCUGGCACUUCACAUACGGCUGGACCGAGCGGUGGAGCAGCAUCGGGUGGAUAAAAGGAAGGAAGCACAAUCUUUCCAUGGCUCCAGCGUUUCAUCCCUGGGGUCUAAUCAAUUCCUUCUCCUUGUAUUCUGCAGGAACGGAAACCUGCUGCUUUUGUAACCUGCCCAAAUAAUAGCCAUAUCCGCUGUGUACAUAUGUAUAUAGAUAUAUUUGUAACAAAUUAAGAUUUCUUCUUUGAAAAAUCAGUCUACAGAAAGUCUCUUAAAGGGGAAUUCCAGCUUACAAACCAAAAUGUGCUAGAGCCCCACACAACACAGAAACCCAGGGUCGGACUGGGCCGCCGGGACACUGGGAAAAAUCCCGGUGGGCCCCUGCUCUAGUGAGCCCCGGUGGGCCAGACCCGACCCUUGCCCGGCGCUCCCCGUGCGCGACUGUUCCUCCCCCGACGCGUUAAAUUUACGUGCGAGGGGGAGGACGACGGGUGGGGGGCCCUGCGAGGGGGGUUAGGGGGGCCCCUGCGGGGGGGGUGAAGGGAAGUGGCCGGUGGGGGCAUCUGCAGGGCCCCUGGGGCAGGAGCCCUGGUGGGCCCUUCACCCCCCAGUCCGACCCUGCAGAAACCCCUAAUACACCUAUCACUGUAAUCUGUUCCUUCAAAAAGAACAAAUAAAUACCAUUUUUAUAUGCUGAAA